AUGACUGAUAGAACUGGUUUACUGGCGAGUGGUACACUACUGGUUGAUUAUAUUACAGUUAUUGAUCAUUUUCCUGCGGAAAGUUCGUUGGCAUCGAUAUUGUCUGAAUCAACAACCGGUGGUGGUGGGUCAUUUAACAUACUCAAAGAUCUUUCGGCAAUGAAAGUUAAUUUUCCAUUGUCGAUCUGUGGUCUAGUUGGUGACGAUGAAAACGGUAAAUGGUUAAUAGACGAUUGCAAACAAUCUCAUAUUGAUGUGUCACAAUUACACGUGAGCAAUGUGGCUCCUACCUCGUACACAUAUGUAAUGUCUGUAGAAAAAACUGGUCGACGAACAUUUUUCAAUCAACGUGGAACAAAUGCUCUAUUGAAUGAAAACCAUUUUAACUUCACGAAAACCAAUGCAAAAUUCUUUUAUCUUGGCUACCUCACUCUGUUAGAUCAACUUGAUGCUUUUUCAUCAGAUGAUCCUACUCGAACAGUUGCCUCAAAAUUAUUAGAGUGUGCCUUAAAUUCUGGUUUAGAGACUAUAAUCGAUUUUGUUAGUGCAUCAAAUACAAAUUAUUCAAAAAUUGCUAUAUCAUCGAUGCCCUACGUAGAUCAUUUGAUUUUGAACGAAACCGAAGCUGGUUUUAUCGUUGGUCGAUCUUUAUCAGAUUUGAAAACAAUUCAAUAUGCUGCUAAAGAAUUAUUAAAUUAUGGUGUGCGAAAAACAGUUACAAUUCAUUUUGAUGAUGGAGCCGUAACAGCUGUAAAAAAUGAUGACAACCUUUAUGUACAAGGAUCGAUCAUUUUACCAGAUGGUUUCAUUAAAGGAGCUGUUGGUGCUGGAGAUGCAUUUGCAGCUGGAAUUAUUUUCGGAACGCACGAGCAAUGGUCCAUCAAAGAUCGAUUACGUUUAGCUGUUUGUGCAGCGGCGGCUUGUUUAAAUGAUUCAACACCAUGCGCUGGAGUAAGAACAGUAGCUGAAUGUUUAGAACUUGAAAAGUUUGGCUAUCGAACUUUAGAAAAUUAA